AUGGACCAGUACGCUUCGGCGCUUCUGGCCUUCCCGCCAGAGACCGAUCUCAACGACAACGCCCUCUACGACCAGGCUGCCAGAUCACACCUGAACAAACUCUCCAAGCUACUCAAGGAACGCAGCAAUGAGCUGGUGACCUACGGUCCGCAGCUACUCGAGCUGCUCGACCCGUCCGUGAAUUCCCUGUCCUACCUCGCCGUCCUCUACACCCUCGUGAUCCCUGGACUGGCCAGUUCUGCCUCCCGAGAGUUCCUUCUGGAGAAGGUGACUGUGUUCCUGAUGACCUUCGACGGGCGACAAUGCCGAUAUGCUGGGAGCAACCUUCUAGAGAUCAUGGGCGCCGUUGGAAGUGGCCAGUUACUACCUCCUUCUGUUGCUGUCGGGGCACUGGCGAGCGCCGUUCUCAACAUUGAUCCUACUGGUACCAUGCUUACCUCGUCUUACCUCAUGCUUGCGAAACUCGCAUACCAUACCGACAACAUCGACCCCGCCCUGCAGGUUAUCGACAAGAACAUUGUCUUCUACCCAAACAUGAACAACCAUGGAGACCCGGACUGCCUGUGCGAUCUCAGCCUAUCCCCUCCGUCUUACAUCACGCGCGACAACGGGCUCACAGCCACGAUGAAGCCGGCAGGUGUUAUGGAAUACGAUUUGCUGUGCGGCCUGAUGUUCUGCUCGAGAAGAGACUGGGCGAAGGCGUUCGCGGCUUUCGAAAGAGUAGUCACAUUCCCCACACGAGAAGGCGGCGCAAGCAAAUUGAUGGCUGAGGCUUACAAGAAGUGGGUGCUGGUCAGCUUGUUAUUGAAGGGAAAGCAGAGCGAACUGCCUUCGUACACAGGGGGCGUUGCAAACAAGCUCUACGGAGUUGUCGGCAAGGCCUACACAAACCUGGCUUCGCUCUUCGUGACCGAGGACGUGCAGGCACUGAGGUCGGAGGCGGAGAAGAACGGCGAGAUCUGGCUAGAGGACUGCAAUAUGGGAUUGGUGCAAGAGGUCCUGGCCGCCUACCAGAAGUGGCGGGUCCUCGGAUUACAGGAUGUCUACACGAAGAUCACCAUUUCCGAGAUCCGAAAGCAGACCACGAGCGCCGAGACGGGUGAGAAGCUCGGGAAGGACGAAGAUGUUCGGAUGCUCAUCCAGAACAUGAUUAUAGGAGGCAUGCUGAACGGGGUGAUCGAGAAGAACGACGACGGCACAGACUUCCUCACAUUCCUAUCGCCCACAACGCAGUUAUCGGAGCAAGACUUCGCGAAGGAACUUGCCCGCACGGCAAUGCGCCUGAAACAGCUGCAGCCCAUUUUCAAGGCGACGAACGAACGCCUGGGCACCAACAAGGACUAUGUCAAGCAUCUUAUCAAGGAGUCGAAGCGCACCGAUAAAGGUGAUGGUCAGGAUCCUACCCUGGGUUUCGACUCCCAAGUUGACGACGAGGACCUGAUGGGAGGCAUAAUAACAACCAGUUAG